GAGUGUGGAUGCGCCGCUCUUUCCGCAGAUUCCACACCCACGUGGCUGUCAGUCUGAAGUUUCUAUGUGAAGGAUUCCCUUGAGUCGAAAUGCAUUUAUUGCCAGGAUAAGGCAAUCUGCAUCUCUUGGAUGCAAUAAAAGUGUAUGAUUUCAUGUUGAUUAAUCAUUUCUUGAAAUCACUAACAAAUUCUAGAUAUUCCUUUCAAUAGUGGCAUUAGCGAACCAAAGUUGCAAAUCAUGAAGACGGCAAACAGAAGAAACGCUGAUGACUCGAUGCUGGACAUGAAGCUGACCAUGAGGGUAAUGGUGAUGGCCGCAGUGUUCCAGGCACUGCUGGCGCCAGCGCUUGCUGACCUCCAGCUCGGAAUGCCCAACGUGUGCGAGUACCAGAGGAAGGAGACCGUGGAGGUGCGGGUGCCGAGCGUGAGGGCCUUCACCGCCACCGUCAGGGUGUACCGGCCGGGCUGCUUCCUCAACACUCCGGCCUGCGUCACCCACGAGAGGAGGACGCAGUACAAGACGGUGCACCAGACGCAGAAGGAGACGGUGACCAAAAGUCUCUACCGCUGCUGCCCGGGAUGGGACUCGCAGAAAACUUCCAAUGAGUCUACGGAAGGAGGUGGCGAAGAAGAGCAAGUCGACGACGGGGAAGCCCUACCGAAGGCCGAGGACGCGGGCUGCUUCCUCCAGAAGGCAGCGGAAGGCGAUCGCACGACGAGCGUCACUCACGAAGGCCGCACUUACUACCUGGUGGAGGAGAAGGCCCUGAGGGACGCCUCCACCACCGCCGCCUCUCCUGAAGGACUCUCGCCCCUACAGGAACCGCUCCCGACGCUCAAGAGUUACCACCGCCUCCACGAAGUGCGUAAAACGACCUCACGCGAGACUGGUUCCUCGUCCUCGGUGCGCCGACACCGCAGUCACCACCAGCAGCGUAGUCGUCGGCGCCAUCACGGCCACGAUCGACGUCAUCACACCCGCCACCACAAGCAGUCUCAGGACUGGGCGCCGCGGUCAAGCCUCGACCCGAUUGUGCGCGCGAAGACGACCUACAAGUAUGGCAACGACUCUCGCCAUCACCGCCGAAGGACCAACGACCCGCGCAACGACGUGUACGACGCCUACAGCUACACCAUCAUUCUUACUGACAGAAAGGACAAGACCGGACGGCGCACGGGCGGGCGUGAUUCUGACCUGCGGGCGCAGGCGUCGCGGGCGGAGGAGGUGGUCACCAGCGUCCCCGGAAUGUCCUUCGCUGGAUGUGGGCGUAUCUUCUGCUACAACGGUGGGCGCUGCGUCUACAACCGCUGCAUCUGUCCUCGAGGGUUCUACGGAUCGCGCUGUCAGUAUGACCGCGACGAGUGCCUGGUCGACAACGGCGGCUGCGACCACCUCUGCAAGAACACGCUGGGCUCCUUCAUGUGCUGCUGCUCGCCCGGGUUCAAGCUGCUGCAGGACAAGCGCUCCUGCCAAGACAUUAACGAGUGCGAGUUCCACAACGGCGGCUGCUCGCACCGCUGCGUCAACAACCCCGGCUCAUACGAGUGCCGCUGCGAGCAGGGCCAGAGACUGCUGCCCGACGGAAGAACGUGCCUGGACACCGGCGGAUGCAACGUGGACAACGGCCGCUGUGACCACUACUGCGACGACUCCUCCGGCCGAGUCGUCUGCUCCUGCCGGCGAGGAUACCGCCUGGGUCGCGACAGCCGGCGCUGCGAGGCGGUGGACCCCUGUCUGGUCGACAACGGGGGAUGUCAGCACAGGUGCGAAGCCAUGGACAGGCGGCCGCAGUGCACCUGUCCUGAAGGCCUGAAGCUGGCCGACGACCAGCGCACCUGCAUCGACGUCGAUGAGUGUCAAAUGCCAGGCAUCUGUAGUCAGCAGUGUCGCAACACCUGGGGCUCCUACACGUGCUUAUGCAACACCGGCUAUCAACUAGGAACCGACCACAAAUCUUGCUACAUGAUCGACAUGGAGGUCAUUAAUUCGUGUCUCGAGAACAACGGCGGCUGCGAGCACAUGUGCCGGCACGCUGCAGGAGGCGCCGAGUGCAGCUGCCACGCCGGCUACCUGUUGCAGCCGGAUCUCAGGUCGUGUCAGGACAACAACGAGUGCGAGACAGGGAGCCACCGGUGCCAGCAGGAGUGCGUCAAUACGGCGGGAGGCUACGUGUGCGCUUGCCGCCAGGGCUUCACGCUCAGCGCCGACGGAUUCUCGUGCGAAGAUGUGAACGAAUGCGCGCAGGAGAACGGCGGCUGCGAACACGAGUGCAGAAAUUCCCAGGGAUCCUUCGCGUGCUCCUGCAGGCCCGGCUACCUCCUGGUCGACCUGACGCACUGUGACAUGAUCGACUACGACUACGGCGACGACUACAGUUCCCACAGCUCGCGCGGGGACAUGGACCUCCAGCCGGGCUCCGACGACGACGCCACGGUGCUGGAGGAGGCCACGUCGCACACGCACGAGGCUCUCAACGUCGUCACGUACGCGGAGCAGGCCAGGAUCACGACCAUACACACGCGAUGCGUCCCAGGAUACUUCGGGCCGAACUGCACGUUAACUUGCCGCGACUGUCCCGGGGAAUGUGACAAGGAGGGCGAAGGAUGCCUCUGCGAGCCUGGCAGGACAGGGCCGACCUGCAGUGCCCCUUGUCCCGAGGGCUUCUACGGUGCAGGCUGUAACGAGGUGUGCAGGUGUGAGAACGGAGGCACUUGUGAUUCUGUGAGCGGCAAAUGCACUUGUCCCCCAGGCGUGUCUGGGGAAUUCUGCGAGGAUGGCUGCCCGGCUGGCUAUUACGGCGAGACCUGCGAGCGGCGGUGCCCCAUGAUGUGCCCCUCGAUGCGCUGCAACCGCGUGUUCGGCUUCUGCGAGUGCGACCCGGGGCGCUUCGGGCCUAAGUGCAACAUGCCGUGCCCGGCCAUGACCUGGGGUGCCAACUGCCGCCACCAGUGCCAGUGCAACGACCAGAGCACUUCUCGCUGCCACCCUGAGAGCGGCGUGUGUGAGUGCCAGCCCGGCUACGUAGGCGUCGACUGCUCCGAGGAGUGCCCCAAGGGCCGCUGGGGAGCUGGCUGCAACCACGAGUGCCAGUGUGCUAGCGGGGCGAGCUGCCACCCAGCGACGGGCGCCUGCCUCAUGGAUUGCCCACCGGGCUUCACGGGCGCCGACUGUCGCGACGCGUGCAACACGGGCCACUACGGUCCGGGCUGCAUGAAAGUGUGCAUGUGCGGAAGGCAGCCGUGCGACCCGAUCUCCGGCGCCUGCCUGUGUCCUGCUGGCUCCUACGGCCUCUCCUGCGAGCAACCGUGUCCCGAUGGCCUGUGGGGAGAAAGUUGCCUGAAGAAGUGUCAGUGCGAGAACGGAGGGAGCUGCGACAGGGUCAGCGGACAGUGCCAUUGCAGGCCAGGAUUCACGGGACCCACGUGCGAGGCUCAGUGCCCCCCUGGGAGGUUUGGCAAAGACUGCAGUGAGACCUGUACUUGCCUCAAUGGCGCUGCCUGUCACCACGUUACGGGGAGGUGCGAGUGCGCGUCGGGCUUCACGGGGCAGCGGUGCGGGCAGCCGUGCCCGCUGGGGCGCUUCGGGCCGGACUGCGUGCACAUGUGCGACUGCGACAACAGCGGCGGCUGCGACCGCGUCAGCGGCGAGUGCAACUGCGCCCCCGGAUGGCGAGGACCGCACUGCACGCUGCCCUGCCCUGACGGGAGCUACGGCGCAGGCUGUGCCAUGAACUGCAGUUGUGCCAACGGUGCCAAGUGCGACCACAUAUCCGGGUCCUGCAUGUGCCAGCCAGGCUGGCGCGGCACCUUCUGCUCGCGGCCGUGUCCCGACGGCUUCUGGGGGCAGGACUGCCGCCAUCACUGCGGCUGCAGCGCCGGCGCCGCCUGCGACCCAACCACAGGCGCUUGCGUCUGUCCGCCGGGAAAACAUGGGCAGCACUGCUCUAAAACGUGCCCCGUGGACCGGUGGGGCAGCGACUGUCAGCACGUGUGCCUGUGCCACAACGGGGGCACCUGCGACCGCGCGUCUGGUGCCUGCAUUUGCCCCGCUGGCUACACCGGUGCCACAUGCCAGGACCGAUGCCCCAAGGGAACGUACGGCAGCAACUGUCAGCACACGUGUCUGUGCCAGCACGGUGCCACGUGUCAGCAUGACACAGGUGCCUGCGUGUGUCCACCUGGCUUCAGCGGCACUUACUGCGAGACCGGCUGUGACGAAGGCAACUUUGGCCCCGGGUGCGUGCUGGCCUGUGACUGCCACAACGAGGGCCAUUGCGAUCCAGUGACGGGGGCCUGCGAGUGCCAGCCCGGAUGGAGGGGAAAGAAGUGCCAUAAACCGUGCCAUCAGGGUUUCUGGGGCCGCGAGUGCGAACAAGUAUGUGACUGCGAGCACGGAGCACAGUGCCACCAUGUCACCGGAGAGUGCCACUGCACCCCAGGCUUCACCGGAGACAAGUGCCAGUUCAUCUGUCCUGUCGGGUUCUUCGGCGAGGAGUGCAACGAGCGCUGCGCGUGCGGCCCAGAGGAGCCCUGCGACCACGUGACGGGGGCCUGCGCCUGCUCGCCCGGGAGACAGGGAGCGCAGUGUCAUGAAUACUGCCUGGAGGGUCAGUGGGGCGAGCAGUGCCGGAAAGAGUGCCAGUGUGCGGGCUCAUCCUUGUGUGACCCUGUCACGGGUGAAUGCUUUUGCCCGGCGGGUUUGCGAGGAAGAAAGUGCCGAAGAGGGUGCCAUAGAGGCCAUUAUGGCGUCGAUUGUAAACAAAAAUGCAAGUGUUCCAACGGGGGCGUCUGUGACCCUGUGAGCGGCCAGUGCCAGUGCCGCCCGGGUCACUUCGGCCCCACGUGCUCCCUGGCUUGCCCGCACGGCAGCUACGGGCCAAACUGCAACCAGACCUGCAUGUGCGAGCACGGCGGCGUGUGCACAAGGAGUGGCGAGUGCAGGUGCCCUGCAGGAUACACCGGGACCUUCUGUGAGGCGCGUUGCCCUGUUAACACUUGGGGACUUCGGUGUGCCUUCCAGUGCAAGUGCCACAAUGGUGCCAUAUGUCAUCCGGCCACGGGCGAGUGCCAGUGCGGCCUCGGGUGGACCGGGGAGCACUGCGCCGAGGCGUGCGGCCCGGGCCGCUACGGGCCGGACUGCAAGCUGGACUGCGCCUGCCACCACAACGCCUCCUGCGACCGCUUCUCCGGCUGCUGCGACUGCGGGCCAGGCCGCUACGGACGCUAUUGCGAGCUGGAAUGCCCAGCCGGCUUCUACGGGGUAUACUGCACACGUGUUUGUGAAUGCGAAAACGGUGCCACAUGUGACCCCCAGACCGGACAGUGCCGCUGUCCGCCGGGAUUUACCGGCGAAACCUGCGCUGACACCUGCCCUCCAGGUUCCUACGGUGCCCACUGCCGGAUGGUGUGCCACUGCGGCCAGUUCGCCUGCAACAAAACGACCGGAGAGUGCCAGUGCCCCGCUGGCACUCAUGGGGAGCACUGUGCCAUGCCUUGUGGCCCUGGUAAGUUCGGGCCCGGAUGCCAGCGCGUGUGCGAGUGCCACAACGGGGGCAGCUGCCACCCGGCGACGGGGCACUGCUCGUGCACGCCGGGCUGGCUCGGCCCGAAGUGCCAGGAGAGGGACGUCUCCUUCGUGACGGCGAGCGACCAGCGGGGGCGGGCGGACAUUCCGGUCGAGCUCAGCUGAGUCUUCGGGGGAGAGAUAGGCCUAUGGAGAGGCCCAUUGUGAUGCGAAGAGGCAGCGAACGCGUGGUGGUCCGUGGUCUUUGGGGGGGAAAGAGGACAGUGAGGGAUUUGUAUAGAGACACUUUUUUUGCUGUAAAUGAACAGUCAGCAUACUUUAAUGGAAUUAAUAGCUAUAUCUUUGCUGAAUAAUGCUAUCUUUUUUAUCACUAUUUUUAUUAUCAUUAUCACUAUCAUUGAAAUUAUCAUUAUUGUAAAUCAGGAUGAUCAUUUUAUCAGGCGAUGAUCAUGAUCCCUGGGCACGGGACUGACAAUUUAGAAAUCUGCAAAUAAAGAAAAUAACAAAACAGAGAAUACAGUUAAAUUCAAUACACUACAAAGAUAAAGAAACAAGAAAUCAUAGAAAUGGCUUUAGGAACGAAACCACGGAUAAAAAGUAUGAAGUGCAUUGUGUGUUCCGCGCUGCAUCUUCGGUCAGCCUGGUGCUUCGAAAGGCGACGAAGGUGCAGGAAGGCAGAUGCACAAUUUGAUCAGUUAUUUUUUUUUUUUUUUAAAGAACUGUAGACAUAUAAAGCUGCUGGAAAUAGAGAAAGGAAAUGCUUAGCAUCUACAGAAAAAAAUAAAGAAAAUGUAGUGACAAAGGAAAAUACAGUGAAAUGAAAAUGCAGAGAAAAUGACAAUCAAGGAUCUGGCAUGUAGCUUUUAAUAAAAGAAAAAUGGGAAUAAAUGCCCGCCGUUAGCCGUACUUGCAAUGUUAUUUUUCCGGUGUUCAUUUUUUCUAAAGAAAAGCUCUAGACUUGAAAAGUCUGAGCUUCUACUCUGAAUUAAUGUUAUCUUGCUUCUUAUUUCCACUGCCUUAGGAUAUAUGCUAAUUAUGAAUUCACCUCUCUGUUCUGAAGCAAAAUACUCAUGAUGGGUUUAGACUGAAAUAUCAGCGCAGUUAAUGAGACGGGCUCACACUUGCCCUCGAAUGCACUCAUACUCAUAGUUGGUUUGGAUGAAUUGUGAUAUAUAUCGUCAUUUUAGAUUUAGUACACACACACACACACACACACACACACACACACACACACACACACACACACACACA